CUUACUCUGGUCAUGCAAGUCCCCAUCAUGCCAGCUGCCCACACUCCUCUUUGUAAACCCCACUCAGCUCAGCUGUACAGUCCUCCAUAUUUUCCUCCCUUUUUUUUUCUUCAAUUACCUCAUAAUCAGUUCACUACUGCUACAAACGCACAAACUAGUAGUACUACUUUCUUCUUCGCUCUUUUUUGUUGUUUUGUUCUUUCAUGUGGGUCAAAAUUGUUACAGAACCAGAGAAUCCUAGAAGAGGAAGGAGGGGGAGUAGAACAAACAAUGUCUAAUCAUUCCAUCUUGAACGAUCAGCUCUCGAAAAAAACCUCAAUUUUCGGUUUGCGUUUGUGGGUUAUUAUUGGUAUAUGUGUUGGAGCUGCCAUAGUACUUGUUCUCUUCCUCAUCUCUCUCUGGUUCACCUCUAGACGCAGCAACCGCAAAGAAACCAGUAAAACUAAAACCAACCACAGUUCCACGAUCCCCAAUAUCUCCAAAGAAAUUCAGGAGAUACGAAUCGAUUACCCACGCAACCCGACCCAUUCAGCACUCGACGAAAAAGCACAUAACCCGGACCCAUUACCUGAAUCAGAGCCGGUACUGCUUCUUACCCGAGGGGAGGAGAGCCCUGUCAGUGGGCGUAAUAGGGUUCACAUUGAAAUUGGGAAAGACCACCGAAUUUCGUAUCCGGAACGGGUUGGCGGGUCGGGUCAUGGGAGCGGAGAGGCGAACAAGUUAGGUGAUCAGGCUGUGGCUGUGGCGGUGCCAGAGGUGUCGCAUUUGGGAUGGGGCCACUGGUACACGCUAAGAGAGCUGGAGGAUUCCACUGAUGGGUUUGCUGAUGAGAAUGUGAUUGGUGAAGGUGGGUAUGGGAUUGUCUACCGUGGAGUUUUCGAGGAUAAAACUCAGGUGGCUAUUAAAAAUUUGCUCAACAACAGGGGACAGGCUGAGAAGGAGUUCAAGGUAGAAGUGGAAGCAAUUGGACGUGUUAGGCACAAAAAUUUGGUGAGAUUGCUUGGUUAUUGUGCUGAAGGAGCUCACAGGAUGCUUGUGUAUGAGUAUGUCGACAAUGGAAACUUAGAACAGUGGCUUCAUGGAGAUGUUGGACCUUGCAGCCCUCUUACAUGGGAAAUUCGUAUGAAUAUAACACUUGGAACAGCAAAAGGGCUCACUUACCUGCAUGAGGGACUUGAGCCGAAGGUUGUUCACCGUGAUAUCAAGUCAAGCAACAUUUUGCUUGACAGGCAGUGGAGUCCAAAAGUAUCUGAUUUUGGCCUAGCAAAGCUCUUGGGUUCUGAGCGAAGUUAUGUGACGACUCGUGUGAUGGGAACAUUUGGAUAUGUGGCUCCCGAAUAUGCCAGCACUGGAAUGCUGAAUGAAAGAAGUGACGUAUACAGCUUUGGUAUUCUUCUCAUGGAAAUAAUUUCUGGGAGAAAUCCUGUGGAUUAUAGCCGUCCUCAGGGAGAAGUGAACUUAGUUGAUUGGAUCAAAACAAUGGUUUCAAGUCGGAAUGCAGAGGGGGUCUUGGAUCCUAGGCUAGUGGAGAAGCCUUCAUCAAGGGCACUAAAACGUGCCCUUUUAGUAGCAUUGCGCUGUGUGGAUCCAAAUGCGCAAAAGAGGCCAAAGAUGGGCCAUGUAAUACAUAUGCUUGAGGCUGAUGAGUUUCCCUUCCGAGAUGAUCGUAGACGUUCUGAGAAUGAUCUUCCAAGAAACAGGUUGAUGGAGAAGACCGUAAGUGAAUCAGGUGAUAGCAGUGGGUAUGAAAGUGGCAUGCAAACCAAUAGGUCAUUGUGGAGAAAGCAAGAAACUGAAGAGCAGUAGCCCUGUGAACCUUCUCUAAGCUGAAUAGACUGUUUGACGUUCAUUGCACGCUUCUUCUGUAUAUGUAAUCAACACCACUAUGAAUCCAGUCUUUUUAUCGAUUUGUUAGCAUUGGUUCUGCGCUUUGUAUACCUUUGUCUCUGCAGGUAGAGGUAUAAGCGUACUCUGUGCUUUGUGCAUUUA